UUUCCUGCGUAAGGAAUCCUAAUUGGCUCUGGACAGUAAAGUAAAGGGCAGUAAUCCCAGUUUUCGGAAAAUGGAAGUUAUAAGUUCGGACAGUUUUCUCCUGAUUUUGUUCGUUGUGGGACACCAGCUGUAUGAAUCCGGAUCCACUGCUGCUGAUGGCUGUCUUGAGCUCCAUCCUAACAGAGUGGUGGUGAGACAUGGAGACCCAGUAUCAGUGAACUGCACAGUGUCCACAGAUCACAGUGGGAUGGGCUGGACAGCUCCAGUAGAUGACGUACCUAAUACACCUGGUGUCCAGUUUCUCACUUGGAGGGUGGAAAGUCUGACAAUCUGGGACUUAAGGCCUCUGUGCUAUGCAAACCGUCCAGGAAAAGCUCAAUGUAAAGAACGUCUCUCAGUCACUGUGUACAAACCACCAGACAGUGUUUCUGUCAGUUCUGUGAACUCUACUGACCCCAUGGUGGAGGGGAGUCAGUACCAGCUGAAGUGUGAGAUCCAGAACAUCGCUCCUGUUCAGAACCUCACUGUGAAGUGGUACAAAGGGCACACAUUAGUACAUGAAGACAGAGACUGUGUCAUAGAAGAUGGAAACAUUGACAAAGAAAAGGCACCUGUGAGUGUGUCCUCCACCCUCCUGAUCACCCCCAGCAGAGCUGAUGAUGGAGCAGAGUACAGCUGUUGGGCAGAACUGGACCUGGGACCAGAAGGACCACAACCCCCCCUAGCAAUGAAAUCAACACCCCUCAAUAUCACUGUGCACUACCCACCAAAGAUCAAAGUAGGGCAGGACAAUGUGACUGUAUCCCAGGGUGGGACGGUGUCUCUGUCCUGCAGCGCCGAGGGGAAACCCCCUCCUCAGGUCCAAUGGAGCUACAGAGAUGCUGGGAAUGUGAGGGUCACCAGCUCUGGGGGCAACAGCACUGCUGUCAUCACAGAAGCUUCAUCUGCCAAUGAAGGGUUUUACAACUGCACUGCCACCAACAGGCUGGGGAGUGACACUGCAACAGUGUUUGUCACCGUGACCAGGACCAGCACCAGCCCACCACCGGACACAACAACAGUGUUUGUCACCGUGACCAGUACCAACCCACUACCGGACACAACAACAGCGUUUGUCACCGUGACCAGGACCAGCCCACUACCGGACACAACAGGACCACAAAUAUUAACUAAAAUUCCAGGUCCUUCAGGACCAGCACCCUGGAUUAUUUCAGUAUUAGUGGCUAUGGUUGUGACUGUAGCUGUCAUCUGCAUAUGUUUUAUAUAUCGGAAGUUCAUCAAAAAAUCGGGUUCCCAGCCUGUGUGAAUUACGUUGCUGUAACAUGGUAGG